AUGACUCUCACUGAAAUGGAACCGCUUAAAAUACACUUAGAUGCCUUAGAAAUGGCAGGAAAAGUGGUUGAUAUACACAUUACUGCAGAUAGCAACUUUCCCUCUUUAAUUAACCUUAUGAGAUAUAAUGUCCAAGGUGGACCAACAGUUAGUGGUCUUGAUGAUCAUGAUUACCCAAAUUUAAACGGCAUGUCAAUGUGUUUUUCAAAUAUAAAUCAAAUGAAAGUGCAUAGUAAAAUUUCUUUACCAUCUGAAAUAAUGGAACAUUUUCAUCACAUGCGGUGCCAUUGUAUGAUGGGUCUUUUUACAGAAUGUUCAAAAGCAUGGCUUACAAUUGAUAGUGAUAUAUAUGUUUGGUCAUAUGAAAAUGAGUCUGAUGUUGCAUAUUUUGAUGGGUUAAAUGAAACUAUAAUAAGUGUAGGUUUAGUAAAACCCAAACCAGGAGUAUUUCAAUCUUAUGUGAAAUAUUUAUUAAUCCUUACAACUACAGUUGAAAUAACUAUUCUUGGAGUUACAUUAACAGAGAAUGCUGAAGGUGCAUCACCAGAAAUGCAACUGGUUCCUGAACCAAUUUUUACAGUUGCUACAGAUGGUAUUGGUAUUACAACUAUAGCAAAUACUAAUAGUGGAAGAAUUUUUCUUGGUGGCAGAAAUGGUUCUCUUUAUGAAAUAUACUAUCAGGCAGAAAGUAGCUGGUUUGGGAAACGUUGUAAAAAAAUAAAUCAUUCUGAAGGUCCUUUAUCGUUUUUAGUUCCAUCUUUUGUCACUAUAGCUUUAUCAGAGGAAGAAGCAAUAAUACAAAUUUCUGUGGACGAUUCACGAAAUAUCUUAUACACUCUGGGCGAUAAAGGAACAAUUACGGUUUGGGACAUUGAUAACGAUGGUGCAUCCAAAAUUGCGUCAUUGUCACAAGCUUCUUUAGUGCAAAAUGCUGUUCAUGUUGUUAAAACGUUGGAUAGUAAUAAUUUCCGACCAUUGGUGAGCAUAUCUGCUAUAACAGAAUCAGAAUCAGUACAUUUAAACUUAGUUGUAGUUGCAGCUACCGGAACACGUUUCUACUUCAGUUGUACAUCAGUUGCUAAUCCAACAGCCAGACCUCAGGGUCUGCAGUUAAUACAUGUUAGAUUACCGCCAGGUUAUGCUGCUAAUGCUACAGUAAUGAGACCAAGAAAAAUACAAAUGGCGCAUUAUCGAAAAGGAACACUCAUUCUUGUUUGUGGUGGAGAUACAGAAACAGCUUUAUGUUUAAGUAAUGAUGCUUAUCCAUUCACUAACUAUUUAGCUGAAACUCAGAGUCCCUUGUCACUUGAUAGUCCAGUAUGGGCAAUGGCAGAAAUUCUCGUAGAACCAGCUAUACGUAUUGAAAAACAAAAUAUUUCCCAAGAAGAGCCUCCCCUUCUUGUAAGGCAGCACAUGGAAGCGCCUCGAAAAUUUAUAUUUCUGACAUCUCAGGGUGCCAUAAUCUUUGUACAAGUUCGACCAAUGGAUAUCUUAAAGCAACUUCUUUUAGAACAACGUGGACCUGAUACUGAAGCGGUUCGCGCAUAUUUUCAGUCGCAAUCAUUAGAACAAGCGUGUGCAACGUGUCUCAUUUUAGCCACGCUUGAAAGUUCUCAAAAUGCUGAGUUGGCAGAAUGGGCUACUAGAGCGUUCUUUUUAUAUGGUAGUCAACGAACGACAAGUAUUGGACCUGCAAUUGAUGUACACAGUACCUUUGCUAAUAUAACUACAGAUAUACGCACAUCGAUACCAAGAGUUCCAAACUAUGAUUUAAGACUUCAAGGAUUCCGACCUCAUGCGCCAGUGGGUCUUAGUACAGAUAUUUCUCUACAACAGUUCUCAGCAAAACACAAUGGUCUGUAUCUAUAUGUAGGAAGAAUACUUCGACCUAUAUGGAACAUGCGAUGUAUUAAACAAGAAAUUGCAAAUAACAAGACUCAGAUUUCUAGUACAAUUUCAACAAGACAAGUUAGUUGGAUUUUAAGUCUCUUGCAAGCAUUAAGAUCGUUUCUUAAUAAAAAUACCCACAUUACUAAGCAACAUAGUUCUACUAGGAAUAUAACUGAUGGAUUUGAAACAACUAUAUCUAGUCAUUAUCAAGAACCAAUAGUUGAGGAAAGGAAUUCAUUAGCUGCGUUAAAAAUUUUCAUUACUCAUGCUUGUGAAGUUUUAGAACUUUGGAAAAUUUUAUGUGAAAAUCAUUUGAGUCAUAUUGUAAAUUGUUUAUCAAAGGAUCAAAUCAAUCAAUUUUCUACAGCUACAUUUCGUGAUUUAAUUCUAAUUGGUCAUGAAAUUUCUUCACUACUGAUCAUUCAUCUUAUAGAUAGUUAUCUCGGAGAUAAUGCAUCUGUCGAUGGUGUUAGUCAAAGAUUACGAGAAGUUUGUCCAAACUUAUACAGAAGCGAAGAUGCAGUGUGUUCUAAGGCCAAUGAGAUAAUUUUAAAGGCAAAAAAUUGUACGAAUCCAGAAGAGAAGGAAUGUUACUUACAGUCUGCCUUGAAGCUUUGCAAAGAAGUUGCUCCCAGAUUGAAUUUAAGCGCAGUGAGCCAACAAUUCGUUGCUUGUCAAUUUUAUUCGGGCGUACUCGAAUUAUGUCUCUGCUGUGCAGAAAGAGUAGAUGCCAAUAACGCUGCCUUACAUUAUUAUAAAAAUAAUGAACCAAUCGAAGAUCAAGAAGGACGAUUUGCUUAUAUGAAAAGAUUAGAAAUUUAUAAAGAAUUCAUCACACUACUGGAUCAUCUUUACAAUCAAAGUAUUUCAAAUCCAUUGACACCGACUAUACCUAGUAAACCUGGACCUCCCCCUCAAAAUACUUCAAUAAUAUCUGUUACUCCAGCAAAAGAAAUACUACACGACAUUAUAAACGAUGCGCUACAUUCCACAUGCGAAAUUCUUCAUGCUUCGGUGUACGCUUGGAUGAUAGAAAGAAGGCUUCAUGGAGAACUCGUGGCGCUUGCAGCACCUUCUUUAGAAGCUUACCUUACUCGUGUCAAUGCGCCAGAUUUACUUUGGCAGUUUUAUGAAAAAAAUAAAAAUCAUGCUGCCGCUGCUAAAAUUUUGGACUCAUUGGCAACCAAAGAAUCAAAUAUUCCAUUAUCUCAGAGAGUUGAAUAUUUAGCUCGGGCAGUGGUUUGUAUGCGAAGCGAUCAAGCUGGAUACGCUCCAUAUCUUGGUAUCUUCUUACGUGAAUUAGAAGACAAAGUAGAAGUCGCCAGAAUACAACAACAGAUAUUAAAUACGAUUUUUAAUCAAUAUAUAAGCGAUCGACUUAAUGAAGAAGCAUUUAGAGCUUUAAAUUUUUCGUUACUUGAUAUCACAAAGCUGUAUGAAAAAUAUGCGGAUCCUUUACAAUUGUGGGAAUGCAAAUUAGCUAUAAUUCAUUGUUCCGGUCACCAAGAUGCAAUGUUAGUUCAAGAAAUCUGGACUAAUAUUAUAAACAAUGAACUGAAAGAUACAUCAACCGCGGAAGAUAAAAUGGCUAUUUUAAUGAGUAAAAUUAUAUCUUUAGGACAGGAGUACUCUGGAUCACCACAUUGUUUCCCAGUUGACUUCUUGAUAAAACAAUUAGAAAUAAAAGCAUGUAAGUUAAAUGUAUCAAACACUGGAAUUAUAUCUGGAUUUCUGCAAUUAGGAGUAUCAAUGGAGGAUCUUUUAGAUAUUUAUAAAAUGAUUGGUAAAGAUACACGAACCUGGUUAAACGAAGGAAAUGAAUUUCAUCUUAUCGAGUCAACAGCAAAUUUGGUUAACUAUUUCAUUUCGCAUUCAAAUGUUACCAAUAAUUUCAUUAGGCGGAAAAUAAUAACAAAAUGUCAAGAUGUGAUUUCAAAAUGUUUAACUACUAUAUACAGCAAACCUCACGGGCAGGAAUUAAUAACGAAACUUAGAUCAAUUCAAAGUGUUCUGAAUCGUAUGUAAGAAAUAAAAUUUCUACUGUUUUUAUAAUAUAACAUUUUAUAAAAUUGUAUAAAUCAUUGAAAGUUAAAGUACGACGAAGCAAGUUAUUUCGUAAAAAGAAUACUGUCAAGAAACUGUAAAUACAGAAAGAAAAA